AUGAGUUUUCUCGACUCCGUCCUCUCGUCACUCCAGACGGGUAAACCUACCCAGGCCCCGCUAUCCCAGCCGCCCGCACCCCCAGCCUCAUCUUCAGCAAUCAAGAAGGAUGAUAGACGACUGGGACCAGCGCCUCGCGCACCUCAACCGAGUGGAAAUGUCAGCGGAGGAAUAAAGCGCAAGGCCGAGGACCAUCUUCCUCGACCUUCGAGGCCUGACGGCCAAGUAGCCAGCAAGCCUCCUGCUAGCCGGCCAACAGCUCCAUCUGGAACACCUAAGGCCCUAUCCAAAACUGCCUCGCCGAAGCCCGUUUCCAGGAAUGGCACAACACCAACUACAAAGACUCCACCAGCAAAAGCGGUAUCCGCGAAGCCGGCCAUGACCAAAUUGGCAGCGGUCAAACCAGCAGCUUCAAAGCCAGCAGCGGUCAAACCCGCCGCAGUUCCGUCCAAGCCACCCCCAAAGGGUUCCUUCGCCGACCUCAUGCAGCAAGCGAAGGCCAUGCAAGACAAAGCUCCAACCCAGUUGGGUAUGCUACGACACCAGACCGUGCCCAAGGAAAAACUGAGCAAAGUAGAGCGCAAACGACGACUCAUGGAGGCCAAAGCGCAAGACAAAGCAGCGCGUUCCGGCAAACGUCCUGUGCCCGGCCCGGCUCCUGCAGACAAAUCCGCCGUUAAGCGACGGUCGCCUGAAGCUCUCUCAUAUAAAGGCACUGCCAAACCAUCUCAAACUCCCGAGCCUCCUGUGUAUCGUGGGACUGCCGGUCAGCAAUCCCACCGUGGCACCAACGACCGCCGACCGCAUGGGAAACGUCGCAUGGAUGAAUACCUAGGAACAGACGAAGAAGACGAGGGCGAGUAUCGUAACUUAGGCGACUACGAUGACUUUUACUCAGAUGCAUCCUCUGACAUGGAGGCCGGCUUCGACGAUAUGAGGCAUGAAGAAGAUGUCGCCUUGAAAUCUGCUCGAAAGGAAGAUGAAGAAGAAUUGCGGCGGGAGAUGGCUGCGAAGAAAGAGAAGAUGGAGCGCCAGAGGAAGCUGGCUGCUCUUGCAUCCCGCAGUAAGCGUUAA